AUGAGACAUCUUCAACGGGCACUGGGCCUGCUGGCUCUUGCCCGUCUUCUACAUGGCCAGGCGCUGCCGUACAACCCGACCCAGCUGUCGCUGCCGACCAACUCCUCGACGCUGUACAUGUUCCGACCUUCUUCGCAGUCGCCGAACCAAGCGCAGCUUCUGACGCUCGAUAUCUCGGGCUCACUUUCGUCGGGAUCUUUACCUUGGAAGACAGUAUCCGAGACACUACCGUUCUUGCAGGAGGAUGAGGCGCUGCCCUACACACCAACGGUUCAAGAAGAUGGGAGCAUUACGGUCACUACGGGCAACUGCUCGGAAGGAGCGGAAGGACUGCUGCUAUGGAGGUACAGCAAUGAUGGCGGUAGUUGGACGCAGUCAGAAGCAGGAAUCAACAGCAUGAGCGAUGCUGUCGGCGCACAAUACCUUGCAAGCAGCAUUGCCUUCUCAGAACUGGUGAACAGCUCCCUGGAGACUACGAACGUCUACGUCUUUGGUGGCAUGUGCCCGACCGGAGCAACAUCUACGAAUGCAUGGCAGGGCGCAGCUGAGUACUCCAAUUCCAUGCUGACUUUGUCUCCUGCCGGCGAUGAUGCAUCAACAUACCAGGUGAGUACUCUGGAGAAUCGUGGACCGCCCAUAUCGCAGGCCGGCGUAUCGAUCACGCCGCUCGCGCCGACAUACACCUUGGACUCUUCUGGCGAUCCACACACGCAACAACAGGACUUCGUACUGCUAGGCGGCCACACACAAACAGCUUUCAUCAACACCUCGUCGGUUGCCGUAUUCUCGCUUCCACAGCAAAGCUGGUCUUUCAUGCCUGUGGAGCAGCCAAGCGAUGCGAAGAGCGACCUUGUCCGGAGAUCGAGCGCUGAAGUCACACCGAGAUCUGGCCACACUGCUGUCCUUUCUGAGGAUGGCAGCAGUAUCGUCCUUUUCGGAGGCUGGGUUGGCGAUGUGAAUACGCCUGCGACACCUCAGCUUGCCGUACUGAAGCUCGGAGACGGAUAUGGUGGUAGCGGUGACUGGAAGUGGACCAUCCCCUCGAACGCGAAUCAAGGACUAUCAGGUAGCGCUGGAAUCUACGGACACGGUGCGGCAAUGCUUCCUGGUGGAGUGAUGAUGGUUGUUGGAGGUUACGAGAUCUCGACCGCCACAGCCAGGCGCUUCAGGCGAAGCUCUUCUGCCAAUACCUCGAACUACUUCUACAAUGUCACUUCGAACACAUGGCUGGACUCGUACACCGUCCCGGCUGGUCAGCAAACACAGUCGUCAUCAGGCACAGGACCUCUCAGCACCACCAGCCAGAAGGUUGGUUUGGGUGCUGGUCUGGGUGUCGGGGCUGCGCUGUUGAUCUCCGUCGUUGGCGUUUACUUCUGGUAUAGCAGGAGAGUGAAGAGUGCUCGAGAAGACCGAGAGCGAGCUUUGCUCACGCAUUCUUCAGACGGUUCUUCCUUUGGCCAGAUGGAGCAGCCUUUCUUGGACACUGGCGGCAUCGACGGACGAGGAGGCGAAGGCUUCGCUCUGGGUAGAUUCUGGCCCGCGCAAGGACAGCAACAUCCACGACCUCCACCUACGCAGCACACCACCGGCGUGUUCGUGAACGUGCCUAGUCCGACACGUGGCCUGCGUCGCGGCGUGGCUGCGAAGAACUACCAGUAUCAGGCUGCACCACGGUACGACGACAACAGAAUGAGCCACGGAAGUGGUAACAUCCAUCCCAUCGCCGAACAGGAGAACGAGGACGAGGUCAUGUCUAUCAAGUCCAGUGGUGAGCAACUGGACGACGCAGAGGCGAAGCUGAGAGAGAUCGAGCGGGUACUCCAUGGUGUUGAAGACCCCUUCGUCGACCCAAUGCCAAAUCCGCUGGGUAGCCAUCCCGUUUCUCCAGAGAUGGGCGAGACUGAGACAGUACGACGGGUUCCUACUGGUGCAAGUCGAUUGGUAAUACCGGCAAGAAAACCUGUACCCGGCGCCUCACAAGCUCCGAACUGGAUUGCAGAACCCGAGUUGGAAGAGGAAGGCGGUGUUUCUCCUUCCAGGACAGAAGAUCGAACCUCGUCAACGUUGAGUGAGAUGUCACAGCGCUCUGCAGUCUCUAAUGACUCUAUUCAACGGACCAUGUCGACUCGCACAGGAGCCAUACUCGCUGCUGCAAUGGCUUCUCAACGGAGAUCGGUAGUGCUAGAUGGCCCACCUAUACAGGAGAGAACACAGACGAUGUCUACCGAUGCCUCUUACCGCCAGACUCGCGCCCGCUCCUCUACCGCCGGCUCGUUUACUCCUGGGAUGCUUGAUAUGGCCGAGCGCGACUCCUUCACAACCGCGAGAACGAACUUCGCGCAGCUCCAGAGCGAAGGCGAAGCACUCCUUGGAGGCCGACCGCCGUUGGACCCAGAUGACCCAUAUCAACGUGCCAUGGCAGCUCAGAACCCAUCACAGCCAACCGCCCAAGCCCCCUCGUACUCCAGAGGCGCGCCUCCGAUGGCUUCUCGUCGUCGACCAGGUCUGCUUGGAAGCUUGCGCCGGGUGCUCAACGUCGCCGAGCGCAGCUUCAGCUUGACUGGCUCAGCAGAGCAGUACAGAGACGAUCCGCAGAGCACCUCUUCCUCCCCAACGAAGGAACGAGGCGGUAUGAUAGGCCAGACCCCGCGACGCGCCGUCUCUGAUGGGGGCGCCUUGCUCCGCCAAAAGCGCGGCCAACAGGACUGGGACGAAAAAGACUGGGCGCCCUACCGCGACAAUCCUGAAGACUGGGGCGAGCCGGCUCCUUCGGUCGAUAAGCGACAAGCGGAAGAGGAUUGGGACGUGGAGGGUGCGGCUAAUAAGCGCGACUUUCAGGUUAUGUUUACUGUUCCAAAGGCACGACUUCGCGUGGUUAAUGAUGACAUGGAUCGCGCGAGUCUGCGGAGUGCUAGCGAUAGCGCCGUGAGCCGGAGCGGGAGCACGAAGGAGCUGCGAAGGGAGGAGUCGGUGAGGAUACAGAAGGGGGCAAGUGAGGGACUGCGCCUGCCUUCUACGGAGGAGGAGAAGGAAGAGAUGGAGAAGGAGAAGGCGGCUUGA